AUGAGACUCUUUUGGCAUAUUUGGGAUACAGUAGGACAAGAAAGGUUCAAUAGUUUAGGUGCUGCAUUUUAUGGAGGUGCAGAUUGUUGUGUUUUGGUGUAUGAUGUAAAUGCACACAACACAUUUGACACACUAAACAAUUGGCAUGAUGAGUUCAUUAAACAGGCAGAUUUGAAUGAUCAUGAAGCAUUUCCCUUUGUGUUACUUGGGAACAAGGUUGAUGUAGAUGGUGGGAACAGUAGAAAGGUAUUAAAAAGAGUUUGGGCCUUUGAGAUUAAUAUGCAUAGUUUUGAAGUUGAAAUCUCAUUCAACUUGUUGCAGGUGACUGAGAAGAAAGCUAGGGAAUGGUGUGCUUCUAGAGGCAAGUCUGGAGACCCCUUUCUUCAUUUAAUCCCAUUUCAGGUGUGACCCUGAUAAUCCAAA